AUGAACUGCGCUGUGAUAUUUGUACUUAUUUCAUAUGCAUGGUGCUUUUCCAGAGAUGUCAUUUCAACAAACUACUCAAUGAGUACAGUAAGAUACACCACAACACAUCCAUCUCCGCAUCUCCUUGCAGUAAUGUAUCCACAAGGUGUUAUUCCACAACUGAUAGGAAUGCCUGUUCAUGGAGUGUUUGAAAGAGGAUGUGAAGAAAAGAAGACAUUGGUAGUAAUCUUUAAUAUGGACCGAAGGUAUACAAUUGAUGUUACAUGUGAGAAGGAGCUCUGCAGAGUAUGGGAGUGUUCGCCACACAUUGAAGAAGGUGCUGUGAUUAGGUCAUUUGGAAUAGUUGAUGGGCAGGUUGUGUGGGCUGAUGUAAUGACGGAUUGGAUUGUGAUUCCUGACUUUACGGUUCAGUUUGUGGCAUUUAAUAUCUUUGGUGUUGUUCUUACGUUGAUACUGAAAGUAUAUUGUGCACCACAAAAGACUGAGAAAGUAAAGAUUAAAGAUUAA